CAGGAAUCGGGUUUUAUGGAACUCCUGCCCCUGACUGGUAUGCUACAAUUUGUAGAAAAAAAGUACAAUAUAAUGAGAAAACAUUUCUGCUCCCCACAGACAUACUCCGGCCUCUUCUGCGUGGUGGUCAACCCGUACAAGAAGCUGCCCAUCUACACGGAGAAGAUCAUGGAGAGGUAUAAGGGCAUCAAACGACACGAAGUGCCACCCCACGUUUUCGCCAUCACAGACACAGCUUAUCGUUCUAUGCUGCAAGACCGCGAAGAUCAGUCGAUUCUGUGCACUGGUGAAUCCGGCGCAGGAAAAACGGAGAACACAAAGAAAGUGAUCCAGUACUUAGCAUACGUUGCUGCAUCGAAACCUAAGGGAUCUGGAGCGGGGCCGACACCACAAUUGAUAAUUGGAGAACUUGAACAGCAGUUGCUGCAAGCUAAUCCCAUUCUAGAGGCAUUUGGAAACGCCAAGACCGUCAAAAACGACAAUUCUUCUAGAUUUGGUAAAUUCAUCAGAAUAAACUUCGACGCGUCAGGCUACAUCGCCGGUGCGAAUAUCGAAACGUAUUUGUUAGAGAAAUCGAGAGCAAUUAGACAGGCAAAAGACGAAAGGACAUUCCACAUUUUCUAUCAGCUUCUGGCUGGUGCAACAGCGCAACAGAAGGCCGAGUACAUACUAGAAGACCCGAAGAGUUACCCCUUCUUGUCAAAUGCAGCGUUGCCGGUACCCGGGAUCGAUGAUGCCGCAGAAUUUCAAGCCACCAUGAAAUCCAUGAACAUUAUGGGCAUGAAUACCGAAGACUUCAACUCGAUAUUCAGAAUAGUUUCGGCUGUACUUUUGUUUGGCUCCAUGCAGUUCAAGCAGGAAAGAAACUCGGAUCAGGCUACUCUGCCCGACAACACCGUGGCGCAGAAAAUAGCACAUCUACUUGGUCUUUCUGUUACGGAAAUGACAAAGGCUUUCCUCAAGCCAAGAAUAAAAGUAGGCCGUGAUUUCGUAACAAAGGCUCAAACUAAAGAGCAGGUUGAGUUCUCAGUGGAGGCCAUCGGUAAGGCUUGUUACGAGCGCUUAUUCAGAUGGCUGGUCAACAGAAUCAACAGAUCCCUGGACAGGACUAAGAGGCAGGGUGCGUCCUUCAUCGGCAUCCUCGAUAUGGCUGGUUUCGAAAUUUUCGAUUUGAACUCUUUUGAGCAACUCUGCAUCAACUACACGAACGAGAAGCUGCAGCAACUCUUCAAUCACACUAUGUUCAUCUUGGAACAGGAAGAGUACCAACGCGAAGGAAUCGAAUGGAAGUUCAUUGAUUUUGGAUUAGAUCUGCAGCCAACUAUCGAUCUUAUCGAUAAACCUAUGGGCAUCAUGGCUCUCUUGGAUGAGGAAUGUUGGUUCCCCAAAGCAACCGAUAAGACUUUCGUUGAAAAGCUAGUGUCGGCUCACUCCGUCCAUCCGAAGUUCAUGAAGACCGAUUUCCGUGGUGUUGCUGACUUUGCUAUAAUCCAUUAUGCGGGCAAAGUAGAUUAUUCUGCAGCACAGUGGCUUAUGAAGAACAUGGACCCACUCAACGAGAACGUGGUUUCUCUUCUCCAAAACUCCCAGGACGGUUUCGUUUGUCACAUCUGGAAGGACGCCGAGAUAGUCGGCAUGGCGCAACAGGCGAUGACUGACACGCAAUUCGGCGCAAGAACACGCAAGGGAAUGUUCAGAACUGUGUCUCAGCUGUACAAGGAACAGCUUACGAAACUCAUGGCGACGUUGAGAAACACAAACCCGAAUUUCGUCAGAUGUAUUAUUCCCAACCACGAGAAGAAAGCCGGCAAGAUUGAGGCACCUCUAGUUCUGGAUCAGUUGCGUUGCAAUGGUGUACUCGAGGGUAUCAGGAUCUGCAGACAAGGUUUCCCUAACAGAAUACCGUUCCAAGAAUUCAGGCAACGGUAUGAACUGUUAACACCGAACAUCAUUCCGAAGGGCUUCAUGGACGGUAAGAAGGCGUGCGAACAGAUGAUCGAGGCUUUAGAACUUGACCACAAUCUGUACCGCGUCGGACAGUCCAAAAUCUUCUUCAGGGCCGGAGUGUUGGCUCAUCUUGAAGAGGAACGCGAUUACAAGAUUACUGACUUGAUAGUGAACUUCCAAGCCUUCUGCCGAGGUUACCUCGCCAGGAGGAACUACCAAAAGAGAUUGCAGCAGUUGAAUGCCAUCAGAAUCAUCCAGAGGAAUUGUGCUGCCUACCUGAAAUUGAGAAAUUGGCAAUGGUGGAGAUUGUACAUCAAGGUGAAACCUCUGCUAGAAGUGACAAAGCAAGAAGAGAAGUUGACGCAAAAAGAAGACGAACUGAGGCAGAUUCGUGACCGUCUCGAGACGCAGUUGAAGCGGUGCCAGGAGUACGAGCAGAAGUUCCAACAGGCGAGCGCUGAGAAGACGCAGCUGGCUGAACAGUUACAGGCUGAACUAGAAUUAUGCGCGGAGGCUGAGGAGAGCCGCGCUCGCGCCGCCGCUCGCAAACAGGAGCUGGAGGAACUGCUGCACGACCUUGAGGGUCGCAUCGAAGAGGAGGAGGAACGGUGCAAUGCGCUCCAGCAGGAAAAGAAGCGGCUGCAGCUUAAUAUCCAGGACUUGGAAGAACAGCUGGAAGAAGAAGAGGCGGCUAGACAGAAAUUGCAGCUCGAGCGAGUGCAAUGUGACGCUAAAAUUAAGAAGCUCGAAGAAGAUUUGGCCCUUAGUGACGACACCAACCAGAAACUAGUCAAAGAAAAGAAGAUUCUGGAAGAAAGGGCCAACGACUUGUCUCAAGCCUUAGCAGAGGAGGAAGAGAAAGCCAAGCACUUGAGCAAAUUAAAGGCCAAACAAGAAUCUGCUAUUGCCGAAUUAGAAGAGAAACUUCUUAAGGACCACCAAAUGCGUCAAGAGUCAGACCGCGCCAAGCGCAAGUUGGAAAGCGAGUUACAGGACGCUCGUGACCAGCUCGCCGAGCGACGCGCUCAAGUGGAAGAGCUGCAGUCUGUAGUCGGCAAGCGGGAGGAGGAGCUCGCCGCCGCGCUCGCGCGCGCUGACGAGGAGAGUGCGCAGAGAGCCAUCGCGCAGAAGGCGGCGCGCGAGGCGCACUCCGCGCUCGCCGACGCGCACGACGACCUCGAGGCCGAGCGCGCCGCUCGCACCAAGGCGGAGAAGCUGCGCCGCGAUCUCAACGAGGAGCUCGAGGCACUCAAGAGCGAGCUGCUGGACUCGCUCGACACUACUGCUGCACAACAGGAACUGAGAUCGAAACGCGAGCAAGAAGUAGCGGUAUUGAAGCGUAGCCUGGAGGAAGAGGCGGCGUCGCACGAGGCUACGCUCGCUGAACAAAGGCACAAACACUCGCAGGAGCUGCAGCAGCUCAACGAACAGCACGAACAACUCAAAAAGGCUAAAACCGCUCUGGAGAAGGCCAAGCAAGCUUUGGAGGCUGAGAACGCGGACCUGGCCACCGAACUCAAGACCGCCAGCGCCGCGCGCGCCGACGGAGAGCGUCGCCGCAAGCAGGCCGAGGCGCAGCUCGCCGAACUCGCCGCCAAGCUGCAGGAGGUCGAGAGGGCCAGAUCUGAGGUGGCGGAGAAGUGCGUGCGGUUGCAGAGCGAGGCGGAGCAGGCGGCGGCGCAGCUGGAGCAGGCCGAGCUGAAGGCGUCCGCCGCCGGCAAGCAGGCCGCCACCAUCGGCGCGCAGCUCGCCGAGGCACAGACUUUACUGGAGGAAGAGACGAAACAAAAGCUGUCGCUUCAAACGAAAUUGCGAAACAUCGAACAAGAACUGGAACAGGCGAGAGACCAGCUCGAGGAGGAAGAGGAGGCCAAGAAGAACCUCGAAAAACAGGUCGCUGCUCUCACGCAACAAGUCAUAGACGCAAAGAAAAAGGCAGAAGAGGAGGCUGAAAAUGCCGCCGCCCUGGAGGAACAACGGAAGAAACUCAGCAAAGAUGUGGAGGCGCUGCACCGACAGAUCGACGAGUUGCAGCAGGCGAACGACAAGCUCGACAAGAGUAAAAAGAAAGUGCAGGCGGAGUUGGAGGACACGAACAUCGAUCUGGAAGCGCAACGUGCCAAAGUUAUGGAGCUCGAGAAAAAACAAAAGAGCUUCGACAAGGUGGUUGCGGAAGAGAGAGCCGUCGCGGAACGAUACGCGGCCGAACGCGAUCAGGCCGAGCGGGAGGCGCGCGAGAAGGAGACCCGCGUGCUCUCGCUCACCAGGGAACUCGACGAUGCCGCUGAAAAGAUCGAAGAACUGGAGCGCAGCAAGCGUCUCCUGCAGUCCGAGUUGGACGAGCUGGCCAACACGCAAGGCACGGCGGACAAAAACGUGCACGAGCUAGAGAAAGCGAAGCGCGCGUUGGAGUCUCAGCUGGCCGAGCUGAAGGCGCAGAAUGAGGAGAUCGAGGACGACUUGCAGCUCACCGAGGACGCGAAGCUGCGGCUCGAGGUCAACAUGCAGGCCAUGCGCGCGCAGUUCGAGCGGGACUUGCAGGCUAAAGAGGAGCAAGGCGAGGAAAAACGGCGCGGCAUCGUGAAGCAGCUGCGAGACCUCGAGUCGGAGCUGGAGGAGGAGCGCAAGCAGCGCGCCGCCGCGCUCGCGCAGAGGAAGAAGCUCGAGGCUGACCUGAAGGACUCUGAGCAGGCGUUGCAUCUCGCCAACAAGGUGAAGGAAGACGCGGCGAAGCAGGUAAAGAAGUUGCAACAGCAGUUGAAGGAGGCGGCGCGCGAGGCAGAGGAGGCGCGCGCCGGGCGUGAAGAGGCUGCGGCGGGUGCGCGCGACGCCGAGCGGCGCGUCAAGGCGCUCGAGGCCGAGGCGCUGCAGCACGCCGAGGAGCUCGCCGCCGCCGACCGCGCGCGCCGCCAGGCCGAGGCCGAGCGCGACGACCUGCUCGACGAACUCAACAACUCCGCAUCCAAGGGAACGCUCCUGGUUGACGAAAAGAAACGUCUCGAGGCGAGGAUAGCGGCUCUUGAAGAGGACCUCGACGAGGAACAAUCGAACAACGAAAUACUUAACGAUAGACUUAGAAAGGCACAGAACCAAAUCGACCAGCUCACCAUGGAGUUGGGCACCGAGAAAUCCGCCACGCAGAAGCUGGAGAGCGGCAAGCUUGUGCUCGAGAGACAGAACAAGGAACUGAAGGCCAAGCUCGCUGAACUGGAGACGGCGGCACGCACCAAGACCAAGAGCGUGAUCACAUCUCUGGAGCUGAAGGUGGCCAACUUAGAGGAGCAGUUAGAGGCAGAGUCGCGAGAACGACUGGCGCAGCAGAAGGCGUCGCGCAAACUCGACAAAAAGAUGAAGGAGUUGGCGCUACAGCUCGACGAGGAGCGCCGCCACGCCGACCAGUACAAGGAGCAGAUAGAAAAGAUGAACGUGCGUGUAAAGGCGCUGAAGCGUCAGCUGGACGAGGCUGAGGAGGAGGUGCAGCGCGAGAAGGUGAACAAGCGCAAGGCGCAGCGCGAGCUCGAGGACCUGCUCGAGACGCACGAGACGCUCGCGCGCGAGUGCAACAACCUGCGCAACAAGCUGCGGCCGUCGUUCUCUGACGACAUCAGUGAAUUGAGCGAGUGACAGACGCAAGUGCAGGCGAGGAGGCGACAAGGCGGCAUCGGUCUGUCUGGCGCGUCGUCAACGUCGCGCAUGAUGCGCACGUCGCUGGCGCAGGGCGGCGGCUCGGGCGACGAGUCCUUCGACGACGUCAACGACACCGCCAACAGCGUUGAAUAGCGCCGCCCCACCGCCCCACCGUGACCUCACGCCGACGACACGGCGUCGCUACGGUUGCCAGUUAGACGAUUUACAGCUUCACCAGAUAGAGCGCGGGUCCGGGAGUUGCGUACAAACAAAUUAUAAACACUCGUGACGAGUGUGAGUAGUAAUUGCUCAUUCGUGCGUAAGUUUAAUUCGCUGCGCUUGCGCCCGCGCUUUACUGGUUCAAUGAGUCUUCUGUCGAGGUAGGGCGUUAAAUCUUGGACAACCUUGAAGACCGUUUAUAAAUAUUUAACCUAAUCCCGGCUACCUGGCAACCAUAGUUUCUACGCUAACGAGAAAAAUAUUUUUAUACGUAUUAUUAAAACACUCAAAAAUAUUCCUUAUUCUCGGUAUAUAUUAUAAUGUAGAAAUAACGCUGAGUACGCUCUGUAGUCGCUUAUCUAUAGCUGAAGUGCCCUAUUGUUUUAUCAUCAUUAAGAAUGUAUUUCAUCUAUUUACUUCUCGAACUUUUUAUCGUCUCGCUCGUUCGCAUGUUUUUCGUUUUCUUAUAAAACAUUACUUGUUAUUCUUGAAAUAUUCUUCAAAAAAAAUGAUGUUAUAAAAUUAAGUAAGAUUAAGUCAUCGCUUAUACAUGUAUAGCUUGUUUGUGUAGUACUGAUUUUGUAUCGAUUUUAAAAAUUUGAAAGUAAUUUAAUAUUUUAAUAUUAUGUACUUAAUUGACAAGUACCGAGUUACAACAUGUGACACCUUUAGUAAUGUAGAAAAUGUAUCGAAUUUGAUCUAAAUGCAGUUUGUGAGCUGUAGAGAAGAGAAAUAUUAAAAAGCUGUGUGUGACUGCAUGCGACAUCACCGAUGUCGUCAUUCGCAGUCCGUCAGUUUGUUGUUUACAGGAUCAGUAGUACACAAUUUUACUGGCCGUCGUUCGUACCAUGUUUGUAAAAACGAGUCGUAUAUAUUCAGUAAUAUAAACUAAGCAAUUUGUGAGUUAAAAUUUACGCUAAGUAUGCAUCAGCUUCGCCUUUUCACCCGUUAAAUUGUUGUAUUAUCUACAUAGCGAUCAUUUGAUGUUAGUUUUUAAAUUUUUGGAGAACUUUUACAUGUGCGUAAUUGAAAUAUUAUGAUUGCACGACAGUUGAUAUAUUGUGCCAAUCGAAUGAAUGAAUUUGUUCAACUGCUGCAGUUUGGAUGAGGUGGCACAAUAUUACUUAAUUUUAAACAUCGCAAAGUCAUAAUGUUUCAUUUACAAGGUACAAUAAUCGCUGGUGCUCAAUUUUCUUGAACAAUGCAUUUAAACGAACAGUCGAAUCUCUGCAAAGCUAAUGGAAUUGGAGCAUUUCCUUAUCAUCCAGUAUUAAUUACGGUACAUUCCUAACAAUCGAGUUUAUUUCACGUUCAACCUAGACAUAGUCGACGUGAAAUGUUUAUUUACUCCAUUGGGUGAUAUUUGUAUUGAAAUUUUAAAAGAGUAUUAUUUAAAAAUAAAUGUGUCAAAAAUACGCAUAACCGUUGAAAUUAUUGCAUUUAUAACGCGACUGAGUUAGAAAGACUGUUGUGACAAUAUUUAAAUUCCCGGUAUUUCCCCCCCUCCCAUUCUGAAUUUUGCUAAUCGCUGUUAUGUUCAUGGAUGCACCAUGAUUAGGCACGUUCAGGUGCGUUUGAGUCGUGUGGGAAAAGGAGCAAUACAACUGUAAUUUAUAAUCUAACUGAGGUAACCUUUACCUUGUAGGCUUGCAAUAUUGAAUUCCUAUCGUACUUAAUGCCCUGAGCCAGCGCUGCAUGUGUGCGAUUUACACAUAAUGUAAAUACAAUCAGUGCAUGUCACUGAAUGCUUAGUUGCCAUACAAAUUUUUUAUAAUAGUUGAUAAGUAAAAAUUUCACUUUCUUGUAGCUUAUGUUGAUGCGAUGUGUCGGCGUGGUUGUUGCUAAAUUGAAUCUUGUACAUUCUGUUCGACUAAACGGCGUUUUCUAUAAACCAUCCCAAUCGCUUUAUCAAUCCACCGUAAAAAUGGACCAAUCGGAACAGUUUUUUUUGACAUGCUUACAAAUGACUUAUAUUGAUUGGUUUAUUCUCGCGAUCGGAGUGAACAUAAAGAUUGAGAUUGUUUAUUGAAAACUGUAUGUAGUAAAUCCAUUCCAAAACUAACGUUUUUACCUUAAAGAAACACAUUUGAAAGAUGACUAAAUUAUUUCUUCCACUGCAUUUACUUGCCUACGGCAUGUACUAGAUGUCAGAAAUGUUUUCUUGCCGACGAUCGCUGUGCCAACAUCAUGGACGUCACAUCUGUACCAUGUUUUAAAAAAUUCAAUUAUAAUAUAUUCUACUUUCGAUUUCUGUAAACAUGUAACAUCUGCGCGUAUGUAAAUACACCACGGACGGUGAUUCAAUGUAAAUUUAUUUACAAACAACAGGAUAGCAUUGAUCGUGAAGCCAAGUGGACCGUACGCUCUAUACAUACAUGGCCUGCUAUUUUAGACGUUAAGAGUCGUAGUAAUAAAUUGUGGCCUUAGUUUGUUCUUACUGCAGAUUAUACGUAUAACGGAACGCUCACCUCAUGCAAACGGAGGCAUAACCGCGUGAAUUGAUAAAAAAUACGAUAUCUUUGUACGUUUACAAGAUUUUUUAUGGAUAUUUAUCGAAGUCUACAUGACUCGCAUCUUUUUUAAUUAUUAUAGUUUUCUUUUCUAAAUAAUAAUAUAAAAAUUAAAUAUAAGUAAACCAUUAAGCCGUACACAUACAUAUUUUACAUGAAUAUUUUAUUUAAUUAUUAACAAUAUCGAUAUAAUUGUAAAAUUGGCCAUAGGUUAUAACAAGUUAUCAGUUCGAAUGCAGAAUAAACAUUUUUCAUAAUUUUUA